GGAGAGUAUACGAUAGACGGAACGGUUGUUAGGAGCGGGUGAAGCGCGAUUGGAUGUGUCUUUUUAUUGUGAUUGCGGACGGGCAUAGUGGCAGUGGAGUGGUAUCUGUUAGAGCUAGGGUGCGGUGCGCAUUCGGUAGUCAUCAUCAGCAGCUUCUGAUAUAUCUGCGACGCGAACACCAGCAAGCAAGUUACUCUUACUCAUCAAACAAUCACCAACCAGUCCAGAAGGACAUCGAGGGAAGUGCUGCAGUUUUUCCCAUUUCGAAGCAUUUCGAGUGGACCGGACUCAGACGGGUGAAUCCGGGGACAAGGUCUAAUCGCGAUUGUGUGCUCCUCUAUUAGGUGGAGGUGUAUGUUUUAUUGUGUUGAAAACUUGUGCUGCGAAGUGAGAAGCUAAUAUUUUAAUUAUCAAUUAGCAUACGGUGCGGAACAUUGCGCGGGGUGUCGACGUCGGUUUCACGUAGCAGAUUUUGUCGAAGUUUGGACGUGUUAGGGGAAGUUGUCGGAAAAUAAGUGUCGUGCAGUGGAGCUCUUUGACUUCACAUCUGUUUCAAGUGCACCGAGCAGUGAAAAUCCUUGGUUUGUCUGGGUUUAGCAGAUGAAGGUUACGGUCAUGCAACAGGGAGAAAAAGUAACAUUAAUACAAACAUUCAAUUAGACACAAAUUAUUAGUCAACGAGAUACUCUGAGUUUGAUCGGUUUUCGGAUCAGAAAAACGUCGAACAGACCGAGCUUCAUACUUCACCUAUAAAUCAUUCCCGGUCGGUACAGUGCGAGAUUGAUAGUGCUUUCCGACGAGUGCGGUUCGCUCGAUGAAUAACAGCGCUGGAGCAGAUCGUUUCCGUUGUCCAGUCCUACCGCCAGCCUCCCGCCAACAAGCUGAGUAACAUUAGAGUGUCGCAGCAGUCUAGAAUGCCAUUGGCCAACUCGGUGGACCCAUGGAGAGAGAAAGUCCCACUCAAUAUCGUCGGUAUCGAGUCAUUGUCACAGGACAAUGUCGAGAUGGUCGUCGAUGAGAGUUACGAGCAGCUGCACGGUCAGCAGGCGCCACAGCUUGACCCGGGCGGGCAGCACAUUCAUCAUCACCACCCCCAACCGUACGGUGAGCCAACCAGGGGUGGCGAUGGCAGCAGCGGUGACGCUACAUCGGAGAUGAUGGACAUCGAAGGGAUGGACCUUGAUCCGGCAGAUAGCACUCUGAAGUCGACCGACGAGCAGGAGUUUGAUAUCCGGGAUGUGGUACGUGAAGGUCACGACAAAGCUGACCCGUCGCAGUUCGAAUUGCUCAAGGUCUUAGGCGAAGGCUCGUUCGGGAAAGUAUUUCUAGUUAGGAAAAUUGUCGGCAAGGAUGCCGGUACGCUAUAUGCAAUGAAAGUAUUAAAAAAAGCCACCCUGAAAGUGAAGGAUCGGGUUCGAAGCACCAACGAGCGUAACAUCCUUGCCGACGUGGGGCACGCAUUUAUCGUUAAGCUGCAUUACGCCUUUCAGACGCCAGGAAAGCUCUACCUGAUACUGGACUUCCUGAGGGGCGGUGACCUUUUUACACGGCUCAGCAAAGAGGUGAUGUUCACCGAAGAAGAUGUUAAGUUUUAUUUGGCUGAACUGGCACUCGCCCUCAACCAUCUGCAUAGUUUAGGAAUCAUAUAUCGGGAUUUGAAGCCGGAAAAUAUUCUGCUGGAUCAGGAUGGUCACAUAGCGCUUACUGAUUUCGGAUUGUCAAAGCAGCCACUGGACGGUUCCAAAACAUACAGCUUUUGUGGAACCGUAGAAUACAUGGCUCCGGAAGUGGUGAACCGGAAAGGGCACACAUUCGCUGCCGAUUGGUGGUCAUUUGGAGUCCUAAUGUUCGAGAUGCUGACCGGAAACCUGCCAUUCCAUGGCAGUAAUCGAAACGACACCAUGAACCAGAUCCUAAAAACCAAACUGGGCAUGCCGGAGAACCUGAGUCCGGAGGCGCAGAGUUUGCUGCGUGCCCUGUUCAAACGGAACCCACAGAACCGGUUAGGGGUUGGCCCGAACGGAAUCGACGACAUCAAACGGCAUGAAUUCUUCGCCAACGUCGACUGGCACGCAUUCGAGCGCAAGGAGGUGCGGCCGCCCUUCAUUCCGGCCGUGUCGCGUGACGAUGCGUUCUACUUCGACUCCGAAUACACCAACAAGUCGCCAAAAUUGAGUUGUUUCAGGGAUUCACCGGGAGGACCGGUAAGUGCGAGUGCCCACGAGAUUUUCCGUGGAUUCAGCUUCAUAGCGCCGGGGCUGCUGGGCGACGAUACGCCGAACUUUGCGAAUGGCACCGGCAGUUUGAUGAAUCAACAGCCGGCUUCGAGGUCACCAUUCUCCAACGAAAUACCCGGCGUUAAACCGGGAGCUUUCGGAGAUGAAUAUUCGUUGAUGCAGGAACUAGGUCGAGGAACGUUUUCCAUUUGUAGGCUCUGUGAGAAUCGGACUACGAAGAAGCACUACGCCGUUAAGAUAAUCGACAAAUCCAGUCAUGACUGCAGAGAGGAAGUGGAGAUUCUGCUGCGGUAUGGCAACCAUCCGAACAUAGUUUCUCUGUACGGAGUGCAUGAAGAUACUUCAUACGUUUAUUUGGUUAUGGAGCUUUUGAAAGGAGGUGAACUUUUAGAUCGAAUUUUAGCUAUUCAGUACAUGAACGAGGUGGAAGCGAGUGCCGUUCUGAAAACUGUGGUAUCCGCUGUAGCAUAUCUGCAUGAGCAUGGCGUAGUUCAUCGGGAUCUGAAACCCUCCAAUUUACUGUACGCAACAAUUAAUCAUACGCCGGAGUCAUUAAAGCUGUGCGAUUUAGGUUUUGCGAAGCAACUGCGAGCUGACAAUGGACUCCUGAUGACCCCGUGCUAUACGGCGAACUUUGUGGCGCCGGAGGUGCUGAAAAAGCAGGGAUACGAUUUGGCUUGUGAUAUUUGGUCGCUUGGAGUUCUAUUGUACAUUAUGCUAGACGGGAAGACGCCGUUUGCAAGCACGCCAAACGAUUCGCCGGACAUGAUCCUGGCGAGAAUAGGUUCCGGUAGAGUAGAUUUGGAAACUGGGAAAUGGCCGGGAAUAUCGCAGGAAGUGAAAGACUUGUUACGAGAAAUGCUUCACAUAGUACCUCAUCGGAGGCCAACGGCGGCGCAGAUAUUGCGGCAUUCCUGGUUGUCUCGUUCUCGCCUAUUCUACAGUCAAGCCGGACUGCAAAGCCAAGGGCAACAGACCGUACUUGGAGGGGCAUCGACGUUGGUUGCACCCCCGGGAGACUACACCGGAGGAUCGCCGGAGACUACGGAGGCAAUCAAGGGAGCCGUGAAUGCAACGUUUCGGGCGAUUUCUUCCCCACAAGCUGCCAAUCUGGGCCCGGUUGCCAUGUCUGAUCUUGCGCGACGAAGAAAAGACAAGAUGAAUCAUUCGUAAGCACUUUGAGGAUAAUUGUGUUUGAGUGAGACUGUUCUACAAAGGAGAUCGUAUUUUCCGGUCUUCAAUCGAACAAACGGCGUUUCGGGUCAACUAGCGCAAUACGAGACUAGUUUGGCAGCACCUUUGGAAUUGUAUCUACUCUGUCACAAGAUAGCGGAUUUGAUAGAAUCUGGAAUUGGAAAGUUUUUGUGUGUGUGCGUGUGAUUGUUAUCUAUUGCUUCCAAAACGGGCAUUAAUUACAUCGUUGGCGGAUUCGUUCGAAAACGAAAAAUUAAGAUGGGUCAAGGUAUUUUACUAAGCUAACGAACAAACGUGUCCAUGUACUUUGUAAUAGUAAAUAGUUUGAAAGAUGAUACAUAUAUUUUGGUUUUAUCUUGUCCAAGAAA